UAGUGUAUUGCCAUUGAAAGCCGGAUUGCCGUGAGCUAAGGCAGCGUGCCCCCGUGUGGGGGCAUUGCCUCGGGGGAGACACUAACUGCGAACGGACACAGCAGUAUCUGAAGAUUUUGCUUGGCUACUCAGAUGUCUUUAGAGUAUCUCUGAAGACAGGUGUGGCAAGUUACAGCUUUGGCUGUUAAAAUGUAUGGUAAAGUGCCAUUACCACAUAUCUUUCUGGGGGCUCUCCUUGGAGUUGCAGGAGGAUUCUACAUCUAUAAACCAAUAUUUGAACAAUAUCACAGAAAACAGAAUAAAUUAAAAGAAAAGCUGCAAGCACCAGAACUAGAAGAGAAGAAAGAAUAGCAGAGAUUACAUGGAGCUGUUUGGACACUGUAAACUCUUGUUCUGAGAUCAAAACAAAAUGAUAACGUAGUCUAUUCUUCAAAAUGAAACUGGUUUAUCUUGAUGAAGAAUAAAUAUGCUUUUUAAUUAAUGUAAA